AUGUCGUCCGACCUAGUCCCUACUGGAAUGUCUGAUCUGGAUGUCUAUCUUUCAGAUAGAUAUGCUCCGACAGAUAGUGUCGACCAGUUGGCUACCCCACCAGAGGAGGCGGCUGCCAUCCGCCGCAAAUGCUCCUAUAUCCGAAAGAAGUGGUAUUUCCCCAUGCUAGAAAACCUUGGCUCCGUCCCUAAGGGUCUUGCAAAUCCUCUUGGGACACCCACCGCAGGGCUCGGUCACUUCAACAAGCUUCCAUCCGACGUCAUGAACAACAUACUUGUUCAACUUGAUGUCAAGUCUUUUCGUUGCUUCCGCAACGCCAAUGCCAAAGCUCACAGCAUCACCGAAACAGUUCUGGACUGCAGGGAGGUCUUGGAGUAUGGGCAGGCCGCAAUCACCAGCAUCAUCCGUACCGGUUUAAGCCGUCAUGUAACCAUCGGUGAGAUCCAUCUCGCUCUCACGUCCUCCAAGUGCGGCUUUUGCGAGGCGUAUGGGCCAAUUUUGUUCCUGCCGACAUGCACUAGAACGUGCCACGAGUGUCUUAGAACCUCGCCUCGGAUGUCAAUGAUCGGGACGGAAGAGAUCCUCCCAUUCUAUGCUCGAUUCGGCAUGUACAAAGGCCACGGAAAUCGUUCGCAUCUCCUCAAGUCACUCCUCAAGUCGUCCAUGGCGGUUAUGCGCGUCCGCGACCAUCUACGCCCCAGAAAGAUGGUUAAGAAUGUUCGAUGCGUGUUAGUAGAUGACCUCUUCUGGUAUCAAGAAGAGUUGGGCAUACAGACCUCAGACCCGAUGCGAUACCUCUUCGACAAGGAGUGGCUCCAUUUCCGCACCGCCGCCUGCAUUAACUUCCCGUAUCUCAACACCUCCACAGGUGUACUGGAGAAAGGUCUCAGCUGCAGAGGCUGCCAAGAGGUAUUCCAAGAACGAAGCCUGCUGGCAAUUGCCGCCGGGACUACCUACGGCGCCGUCGCGGACCGCGACACUUGUUAUUCACACGAGGGGUUUCAGGAGCAUUUUGAGACUUGCCAGCAUGCACAGCAAGUCUGGGAAAACAGCGAGUUGCCUGGUCGGGAGGCCUGGUUUGCUGCGAAUGGAGGUGUUCACUGGUGGCUCAGUCAACGAGCCGAAUAUUGCCAGCGGUUCGCGGAUCAGUUGCCGGAGGUGAAUAACGAGGGGUUCUGGGUCGCGGUUGGCGUUGCUGUUCAAGUCUUGCUCCACGCUUGUCUCUUGAUUUUCUUUGCCAAGUGGUAUAUCCCAGCGGCUAGUUCUGGGGGAGUCUGA